CCGGCGGCAACGGGAGCGGUAUUUCUCGGUGUGUCUUCCCACGAUUAUUCGCUGCCGGGUAUUCAUAUUUAAUAGUCGCUUUGCUGAAAACGGUGAAAAAACAACCCUGACCCCUGCACAGAGAUAUGAGCGGCAGCGGGCGGCCCAGGACCAGCUCGUUUGCUGAGCCGCCAGGUGUUCCAGGAGCCGCCGCUGCGUCCACCGGAUCAGCCGCUGCCGUGGGGAGCAGCACAGGAAAGUCCGGGGUCCCGCAGGCCUCCGGCAGCAGCUCGUCAGGAUGCUCGAACCUUAAGCUUGCCAGAGACAGCGGGAAGGUGACAACAGUCGUGGCCACACCAGGUCAGGGACCCGACCGCCCGCAAGAGGUCUCCUACACUGACAUCAAGGUGAUUGGCAAUGGUUCGUUCGGUGUGGUGUACCAAGCUCGCCUCAUCGACAGCCAGGAGAUGGUGGCCAUUAAGAAGGUUCUGCAGGAUAAGAGGUUCAAGAAUCGGGAACUGCAGAUCAUGAGGAAGCUGGACCACUGCAACAUCGUCCGACUACGUUAUUUCUUCUACUCCAGUGGCGAGAAGAAAGAUGAAGUGUACCUCAACCUGGUGCUGGACUUUGUCCCUGAGACGGUCUACAGGGUUGCCAGACAUUUUAACAAGGCCAAGAGCAUCAUUCCCAUCAUUUAUGUGAAGGUGUACAUGUACCAGCUGUUUCGCAGCCUGGCGUACAUCCAUUCCCAGGGCGUCUGUCACAGAGACAUCAAGCCCCAGAACCUGCUCGUCGACCCAGAAACUGCCAUCCUGAAGCUGUGUGACUUCGGCAGCGCCAAGCAGCUGGUCCGCGGUGAACCCAACGUCUCGUAUAUCUGCUCCCGGUAUUAUCGCGCCCCCGAGCUCAUUUUUGGUGCCACGGACUACACGGCAAACAUCGACAUCUGGUCAGCCGGCUGCGUUCUGGCAGAGCUGCUGCUCGGACAACCCAUAUUCCCCGGUGACAGCGGGGUGGACCAGCUAGUAGAGAUUAUCAAGGUGCUAGGAACACCAACAAGGGAACAAAUUCGAGAGAUGAAUCCCAACUACACAGAAUUCAAGUUCCCACAGAUCAAAGCGCAUCCAUGGACCAAGGUGUUUAAACCUCGCACCCCUCCAGAGGCCAUCGCUCUUUGCUCUCGGCUGCUGGAGUACACGCCGGCCUCCCGUCUCUCCCCUCUAGAGGCCUGUUCACAUGCCUUCUUCGACGAGCUGCGCCAGCCAAACACGCGACUGCCCAGCGGCCGAGAACUGCCGAUGCUCUUCAACUUCAGCACCACAGAGCUGUCAAUCCAGCCUCAGCUGAACUCAACCCUCAUUCCUCCUCACGCUCGCUCACACACAGCUGCUUCCGCCCACGAUGGUACCGGUUCAGACUCAUCUCAACACAGUUCAGUACCAGGAUCUCUGAACAGCAUCUGAAGCAGCUUCUCACCUGCCUGCCUGCAAGCUUCACCCUCUUCUCAGACACACACACACACACACACACACACACACCUACACACACACACACUCUCUCUCUCUCUCUACACAACUUUCCUCCGUGCUGCUUGCUCUCCUCGUAGAUGAUCCGUUUCUGUACAGUGAAUGCAUUGAACAAACAUUAGUUCUGUAGCUGCCAGGGUCGAAACUACGGCAGGAGAUUGUUACACAAACGCAGAGUCGUCCCGCUGCUGCUCGGGUGGUUUGAGAAGGUUCAAUAGUGGGGGCUGGUCCUCUGUAAUAUAACCUUUUUUAAUCAGCAUUUCUCCUUUUUUUUUUUCUUCUUUACGUUUCUGUUUAUUUAUUUGACUAAUUGAAAACAUCUUGUGAUCACACAGAGGGUUUUUUUUGUUUUGUUUUUUUUUGUUCUUGGGUGUUUUUAAACCCCUGUAUGUACGGGGUGGACUGCUCACUGCCUGAUGAUUAUAGAUUCUGACGCGUGUAGGUCAUCAGAAUACAGGACUUUGAUUUAACUCAGGGUGGGAGAACUGAUGUAGGUGGAUUUAUAAAUUCUCCAGCCGCUUUAUUUAACAGGUCCAGCCCAGUGUUUCAGUUAAAAAUUAAACCUCCAGCUCUCAAUAAAUUAGUGACAAGUAGAGGAGAAUCGCUCAUCAGUGCCAGGUUAGCAGUGACAAGUGUUUGUCUUUUAAUCAGGUCAAUUUUUACAGACUGGAAUGGAAAUAAGCAGCCAAAAGCUGAUCCUACAGAAUGUGUCUGAUCUUUUUUUUUUUUUUUUUUUUAAAUAUUACUUGCAGAAAUUGAGAUCUAGUUUUAGUAACCAAGCAAAUAAACUAAAGGCGCUGCUCGAUGUAGACGAUGACUGAUGCAGUUUAUUCCAGGACCCAUGGUGAUAAUUUGUAUCCGAGGUGACCGAUAACCGAUAUUUAGAACUGUUUGCAGCAAAAAAGUAUAUUUAAGGUGUUAAAAUGUAGAAUUACAAAUCCUCCAACACAAAGCUUUUGUUUUACGUGUUUGAUUAAAAGAGAACUUUUAAACAUUUA